ACGAAGAGACUGGACCUUUUGACCUUUUGUGGCAGUGAACGUGUUAAUAUCUGCAGUCUUAGGGAUUAGGAGGGAAUAAAAUGGGCAUCACGUGGUAUUAUGGUAAUCUGGGAUCUCUGGCAGAGGCGCCUGGCAGUUCACAGAGGACAAGGGACAAUGGCUAGUGACAGCAAGAAGACUGUCCUGGUAACUGGGUGCUCAUCGGGCAUUGGUCUCAAGAUUGCAGUUCAGCUGGCAAAGGACCCACAGGAACGUUAUUAUGUAAUAGCCACCAUGAGAGACCUGGGGAAGAGAGGCAAACUGGAGGCAGAGGUGGGAGAGUCCCUCAACAAGACUCUGGAGAUCAGGCAGCUGGAUGUGACCAAAGAGGACUCAGUCAAGCAAUGUCUGGAUGCCCUUCCCUGUCAGACAGUUGACAUCCUGGUGAACAAUGCGGGCGUGGGGCAGAUUGGGCCUAUAGAAAGUUUAUCCAUGGAGGACAUGAGGAAGGUGUUUGAAACCAAUUUUUUUGGGGUUGUGCAUCUAAUUAAAGAGGUCCUUCCUGGGAUGAAGAAGCGUGGGAGCGGCCAUAUUGUGGUAAUCAGCAGCAUUAUAGGACUUCAAGGGGUGAUAUUUAAUGAUAUUUAUGCUGCAUCAAAAUUUGCCAUUGAGGGAUUCUGCGAAUGUCUGGCCGUUCAACUCCUAAAAUUUAACAUUUUUGUCUCCAUGAUAGAACCAGGCCCGGUGAACACAGAAUUUGAGAUGAAGCUGUUGGAAGAGGUGUCCCGCUCCGACUUCCCUGGUGCCGAUGCUGACACCAUACGCUACUUUAAAGACAUCUAUCUCCCUUCGGCCCAUGAGAUCUUUGUCAGCAUGGGGCAGACACCUGAGGCAGUGGCAAAGGCAACAGUAAAAGUGAUCGGAAUGAGACAGCCGGUGUUUCGGCACCAAACCAAUGCCCUCUACACCCCACUCACUGCUUUGAAAUACGCCGACAACACUGGGAAUUUAUCAGUCAGGACCUUCUAUAACCUGCUCUUCAACUAUGGCACCCUCUUCCACUGCAGUCUCGGCUUCUUGAGGUGCAUCACCUGCAACUGCUUCCGCAGGAGGGUAAUGCCGGUCUGAAGAUGUCACGGCACCAACAACGACCAGUUAGCACCUACUUGUCAUGUUUUCCCUAAUGCCAAAAGCUGUCAUUUUCAGUUACAGUCAUUACAGUUAAAUCCAUACAAAGUUGGCUUUUUUCAUUCUGUCAUUUUAUCUCCUUAACAAAAUGACUUACUAAAAUAUCCAUGUUUCUUCUGGAGCAGGUUGAUAUUUUUUCCCAGCAGCCUGAGGUUCUGAAACUAGCACCAACCUCAACUCAAGCAGCAUAGGGCACUGAGCUUAAUACUGGAAGGUCGUGCCAGGUGCAUUCUGGGAGGCAUGAUCGUGUAGAACUUCUGCCCCUCUUGCUCAUUUAGCACUGAUCCCCAGCCAGUGGCUCUUCAGCAACAUGUUACUCACCACGCCCUUUUGAUGUUGCUCCCAGUGGCCUCAAAGUAGGUGCUUAUUUUUACAUUUCUGGCUUGGAGGCAAGUUUUGGAAGCUCAGAGACACAGUUAAACUCCAAACAGAGCUUCUUUCAGGCCAGCAGCCCACAUGGGCUACCAAACAGGGUCGGACUGGGCCGCCGGGACACCGGGAAAAAUCCCGGUGGG